UAUACAUGCUGACAUAUUUACACUGACUGAGAAGAACACAAAGCUUCUAAAAAUCUUCAAGAUUUCUUUUCAAAAAUUUCCAAAAACUACUGCAAGCUUUAAGGGGAAAGACGUAGAGCAUCAUCUAGGAUUCCCAAACAAGCUGUAAGCAGAUUUCCAGAUUUGAAGUUUGACUCCUGUUCAAGCAAUGCUGUGUGAAGGUAGACUGCUGAGCAUGACCUAUGGUGAGAUGGAGGAGGUGGACUCGCUGCCUCCUCAAAAGACUUUCCCCUUUGCUGUUGGGCCCCCUAGGACCUCCCUCACACCAACCACCUCCAGACCUGCUCCGCUCGUUCAUCACAGCUCCUUGAAGGAAACAGAUGGCACAGAGAGCUUGAGGACCUCAGUCAACCUGUACAUCUCUCCCUUGUCAACCACACAUUUCCAGGGCGUCUUUACAGGGAGGCAGAUAUCUGCAGAAGUGGAAAUUCCAGCCCAGGCUCACUCUGACAGUGGUGAUGCCCCCUUCUUGGUUCCCUCCUUCUGCCAGAGCAUCUGUCAAAACUACAGCGACCUCCAUAUUGGAGGAGAGCAGGUGCUGCCCCUCACAGCCAAUGAUGCCGAUUUGAGGGUUGUUGAAACACAACCUGUGAGGCCUUUCCUACAGUCAUGUGAUGUCCCACCGGCGGUGGAGGAUUCUCCACCAGGACAGCGAGGUCUGCAGAACCUGCUCAGGAGAGGUUCAAACCACUGGAGACAGGCGAGUGGCCGCGAUCGCAGCUUUUUGUUUCAGGGUCAUGAGGGCCCCUUCUCCAAUUCCCUUUUGAAUCAUUACCUGGAACAGAAGCUCUUGGAUCUAUACCAGCAGUACAUGAUUGAGAACAUGGUGAGGGAGGGAGCUCCCGGUUCAGAUGGUGAUGCCAGCAACAUUUGCCCCCUGCUGGGCUCAGAGUUUGUUCUAACCAGCCUAGACCAGAUUACCCAACAGCUUAGCAAGGAAGGGAACCUAGAGGCCGGCCUGGCCAAGGACAUGGUCCUGAGCUGUUUGCUGCGGGUAGCCAGUGACCUGCAGUCGGGUGAGAUCAGCACUCCCUUCCUACAGAUUUCAAAUGAGGCCUCCAGGGAGCAGCUCACAGAGAGCACGGAGGGAAUGACCACGAACUAGAAAACUUGCUUUCUGUUCUUCUUUACACUUAAGUUUGAUUAUUAUUGUUCAAAAGAAUGUUCAGGGUAAAAACCUAAAAUAGAAGUAAAUAAUCAAUCAGUGUGUUUCGUUUGUACAGUUUUCUCUUUCUAACAGGCAAUAAACAGGAACUGAGAACUAAAA